AUGUUUUCUGGACGUAAUGGUCCACAGGGCUCUUCUCAGGUGGACUUUAAUAUUAUGGAAUAUUGCGAUCGAUUAAAAAAAGAAUUUAGUGUUUUACAACAACAGUGUCAAAGUCUAAAAUUUGAUUGUGAAAAAUUAGCACAAGAAAAAAUUGAAGUUCAUCGUCAAUAUGUUAUGUAUUAUGAAAUGUCCUAUGGACUUAAUGUUGAAAUGCAUAGACAAUCCGAAUUAGCUAAACGAUAUUUAGCAAUAUGUCAUCAAAUAAUUCCAUGUUUAUCUCAAGAACAACAAAAUCAAGUAGCAGCAACACUUGAUCGUGCGAAACAAGUGACAGUUGCAGAAUUAAAUGCUAUUAUUGGGCAACAAAUGCAUGCUCAAGGUGCUGCUUUCCCCCAUGGACAUUCACAAGCACCUCAUUUAGCAGCAUUAACUGCUGCGCAUGCAGCAUCACCAUACGGUUUACCUGGUGGUGGAGGUUUGCCUCCAGGUCUCUUAGCUUUACAAGGUGUAGCAGCAGCAGCUCAACAAGCUUUUCUUAAAGAUGAAAAAGAUAAUCUAGAACGUGCAGAAAAAGCAGCGGCAGUAGCAGCAGCGGCGCAAGCAGCACAAGCAUCAUCACAUAAACGAAGUUCAAAUUCUCCUCAUAUGAAUGAUAAAUAUCGUGGUCAUAGUCGUUCACCAUUAGAUACUCAUGAAUCUAAAAAACUCAAACGUGAUGAGGAAAGUGAUGGUGAAAAAAGCGAUGGUGAUUUAGUUGUUGAUGAUACGAACGAGAAUGAUAAACAAAUCAUGAAUGGUUCUCGCUCACCUCAUGAAAAUGGGGAUUCAUCAAAACUAACUUCGGCUUCACGUCAUAAACAUUCACAUAAUGAUGAUAGUAGCCGAAGUCCAAAUAGUGAUAAUGGUUCAGCACGUAGUACACCUUCACAGAAGGGUAGCGAGAAGAGUGGAUCAGCACCAAUAACAACAGCAACGAAUGCAUCAUCGAGCGGCGCCGGUGGAACUUCAACGAACAAAUCAAGCUCGCGUAGUAGCAGCAAUAGUGGUGUUCGUCAUUCUCCGAAACUGCCUCCAGCUGCUAUGUUCGGUCCAUAUGGCGCCUUCAUGCCGGAAAAUUUGGCUGCCUUUGCUGCCGGUCUCAAUCCAACAUCUGUUCUCAACGCAGCAUUCGCCGGUAAUAGUGGUAUCGGUAUCAAUCCUACGAAUCCAAAUUUGACGAACAAUUUUGCUUCACGAUCUCUACAUCCACCAACAGCUUUGAAUGAUCUUUAUUCAGCUAUGCGUAUUCCAUCACAACAGCAACAAACUUCUCCAUCAACUAUAACAUUUCCAACUGCUGCAGCAAGUGGUAAUAUUUUUGAACGUAAUGGAACUAAACAACAUUAUUCAUUUCAUUGUGAUUCAUUUGAUUCAUCUUCAUCUUUACAACCAUAUACAUUUCCAUCAGAUGCAUUUGAUAGUUCAGGUUGUCCACGUCGUAUAAAAGUCUUAAGUAGUUUAAUACACGGUGAUGUUGUUUGUGCAGUAACAAUAUCUGAUCAAAAUAAACAUAUUUACACAGGUGGUAAAGGCUGUGUAAAAAUAUGGGAUUUAAAAGAAAGUAUAAAUACUAAUUCGAUUUCAAAUGGAAGAAAUUCUCCAUUGACUAUUAGUAAACCAUUUGGUCAAUUUGAAUGUUUGAGUCGAGAUGCUUAUAUACGUUCAGUUAAAAUUUUACCUGAUGGUCGAACAUUAGUUGUUGGUGGUGAAGCAUCCAAUAUUUCAAUAUGGGAUUUGAAUGUAACUCCAUCAACAACACCACCAAAUGGUUCAGGAUUAGGACGUGAUGGUAGUAAUUCAAAUUCUUCAACUGCAUCUACUUCAUCUUCAACAUCACCUACACUACGAAUGAAAGGAGAAUUACAAUCUAAAGCAGCUGCUUGUUAUGCAUUAGCUAUAUCAACAGAUGGUAAACUUUGUUUUAGCUGUUGUUCAGAUGGAAAUGUACUUGUUUGGGAUAUACAAAAUCAAACAAUUGUUCGACAAUUUCAAGGUCAUACGGAUGGCGCAAGUUGUAUUGAUUUAACACCUGAUGGUUUACGUGUAUGGACAGGUGGCCUUGAUAAUACUGUACGUUGUUGGGAUGUACGUGAAGGUCGACAAUUACAACAAUUUGAAUUUGAUUCACAAAUCUUUUCACUUGGUUAUUGUCCAACAGGUGAUGAUUGGUUAAGUGUUGGCAUGGAACAAAGUGUCAUUGAUGUGUUAAAUGUUUCAUCAACUAAACCAGAUAAAUUUCGUUUAACAUUACAUGAGAGCUGUGUAUUAUCAUUAAAAUAUGCUCGAUCAGGUAAAUGGUUUGUGUCAACAAGUAAAGAUAAUCAAUUAACUGGAUGGAAAACACCAUAUGGAGCAAAAUUAUUCGAUAAUAAAGAAGGUUCGUCGGUAUUAAGCUGCGAUGUAUCACAAGAUGACAAUUUCAUCGUGACCGGUUCCGGUGAUAAAAAAGCGACUUUAUAUGAAGUUAUUUAUGAGAGAUGA